UCAUCUGCCGGUGCCUGGUGGAGUGCUGUGGUACGCGCGUGUCUCUUUCUUCCGGUCCGGAUCCUCGGCACGUCUCCGUGUCCUCACACAGCUGUAGCCAUGUUGGGAGCCUCUCUUCUCCGGUUCUGCGUGUCCUCUGGUGUCCGCAGCCUGUCCCGCUGCCGUCCACAGCCUCAGCUCGUCGGUUCCCAAGUUGCAAUAGCUGCUCGCUGCUAUUCUCAAGCCAAACAUGAAUCAGAUGAGGAAUUUGAUGCUCGCUGGGUGACUUACUUCAACAAGCCAGACAUUGAUGAAUGGGAACUAAGGAAAGGUGUAAACACACUCAUCGGUUAUGAUUUAGUUCCUGAACCAAAGAUCCUUGAUGCUGCCUUGCGCGCUUGCAGACGGUUAAACGACUUUGCAAGUUCUGUCCGUAUUUUGGAAGCAGUAAAGGACAAGGCUGGACCUCACAAGGAAAUCUACCCAUAUAUCAUCCAAGAACUCAGACCGACUUUAGAUGAGCUUGGUAUCCCUACCCCAGAAGAACUGGGCCUAGACAAGGCAUGAGAAUUACAGGUUCUCCAUCCAAAAGUUUUAUGAACAUCUACUUGAUUGUAAAGAGCCAUCCACAAA